AACCUUCUGUUCUGAACUUUGAUCUAUUGGACACACUUUCUCUGUCUCUCUCUUUCUCUCAAAAAAGAGAGAGAAACAAAUAUAUACAAUAAUAAAAAUAUAAAAAACACUCACAAGACUCAUCCAUGGCGUUUCAGAAGCUCUUCGCCAAACGUUGUUUCGAUAGUUUCAGGACCACGACGUCGUUUCAACGCGCCAUCGUCUCCAAAGCAGCGUCGCCUCCUAUGGUGCCUCCUAUCAUGCCGCAUGAGAGUUCCGAUGACAAAGGCUUUCUCCGGCGGGUUUCGUUCCUCCGGCGAGCAGUGUACCACUCCAGCCCGGUCCGGCUGCCGGAGUUUUUCUCUUUUCCGAUGGGAGAGAAACUCCGGGAGGCACUCAAAGGCAUCAACAGUGGUGUGGCAGCGCCAAUUGCCGGCCAUGCGGAAAGCGGAAUGUCAGUGGAGAAUGCACGGAAGAUUCUGAGAGCGGCGCAAAUGGAGAAGGUGAAGGCGAAGCUGAGGAAUGUUGCUGAAAGUUCGGUUCAGUACUCUGAGUUCUUGCGGAUCUGUGUUGAGGCAUGUGAGAAUCAUGAUCAAGGUGUAGAGUUCGCAAAGAUCUUGGAUGAAUCCGGAAACGUCAUCGUUUUGGGAAACGCCGUCUUUCUCCGCCCUGAACAGGUGGCGAAAUCAAUAGAGAGCUUAAUCAAACAAUCAAUAGCCAUCCCAACAGAUCCCCGAAGGAAAGAGCUUGAGGAGAUGGAGAAACAAAAGGCCGUGAUUGAUGCGAAGGCCAAGGUCCAAGUCCGAACUGAGCUCUAUUGUGGGCUGGGCUUUCUGACAGUCCAGACCCUUGGGUUCAUGAGGCUAACAUUUUGGGAGCUGGACUGGGAUGUGAUGGAACCUAUAUGCUUCUUCACUACCUCUUUUGGGUUUGGUCUUGCUUAUCUUUUCUUCAUGAAGACCUCCACAGAACCUACCUUUCAGGGCUUUUUCCUUCACCGAUUCAGGGUGAAGCAGGAGCGUCUGAUGAAGAAACAGAACUUUGACAUGAACAGGUACAAGGAGCUGUGCAAGGUGUGCUAUCCCAGUUUUGAAGAUGGUGCCAAAUCGGAAACUUCUUCGGUCUUCCACUACUCUUAUAAGUGACCUAAAAGCUUUGCGUGGUUGAGUAAUUAUGUGCAGAUAACCCUUUUAUUUCAGUAAUGUUACUCUUUCGCAUCAUGCAGCCAAGUGAAACAAACCCUUUGCUUUGAAAGGAAUGGAAAAGUUCAGUGCAGUAGAUAACAAAAAGAUCCAUUUUAAAGUCAUAAAAUCAAAAAAAUGAAAAAGGAUCAGUAGUUUGUAGAUUUUUAGCUUUUUGUUUUUUUUGUAAGAAAAAAAAAA